UUCAGCUAACGCAUGCGCAACGACCACAGAGUCCUCGGGGGCGAUGGUCAGCCUGAUGUCCAAAUAUCAUGCUUUCCCGUCGAAAUAGUGCCAAUAUCAGCUGCUGUAGUAUCGACGUUUUUAGGGCUGCUGUAAUCUAUGGAGCUACGGCUGAAUAUGUCGCAUGGUAUGCUGCAGAGUGUGCUAUGUGCGUGAUUGUGAGUUGCGUGAGCGCUGCUCUGGCAGCCUGAAUUUAUACAGCGUGCGUUCUCGAUAUGGUCGAGGACGGCCGGCACGUCACCACCAGUUCUGAAUUCAUUCACCGCAUCAAUGCCAAAAAUUGCAAACUAGUUGCCUGCUUUGUCGUGGUUGGUUUCGUCGUAUACCACGGCGUUAUUCACUUGACGUACGGAAUUGACACGUGCAAGUGGCUGCUGAGCGAUGGACGAUUUCAAGGCUAUCAUGUGUGGCAACCGUACGGGUGUAUGUUGCACACCUACACCAAUGCGGAAUCCCGCAUGUGCCUGCGCUACAUCGCCUACUGGGGGGGCAAGAACCACAUUGUGUUUGUGGGCGACUCGCGCAUCCGCCAGCUCUACUGGGCCUUUGUGCAACAGGUGCAGCCGUCACCCGUGUCAGCUCCCCAGCAGGCACACCGGGACUUGCGUUAUGAGGAGAAGGACCUACACCUCAUAGUGGAAUUCCUCUGGCGUCCACUGAUGGAUGGCUCACUACGUUCAGCGGGUGCACGCUGGCUGCAGCGUGCACAGCGACCUGCCCUCAUUGUGCUGGGCAGUGGCACUUGGGCCAUCAAGCAGAGCAAUGGUAGCCGGGCUAUGCUGGCUGAGUAUGCGGCCAAUGUGAGCCGGCUGGUGCCACUCUUUGACCGGCUGGCCAAUGGCUCCCGCGUCCUUUGGAUGCUGCAAGACCCUGUGCAGGCGGACCGGCUGAGCCCCAGCCGCCAGGCCAUCUCCAAUGAGCUCAUUGAUGCAUACAACCAGGCAGCUGUGCACGCACUGCGACACAGCAGCGUGGAGAUCUGGAGCUCUAUCCGGCUCAUCUCGGAGGGUUACCCAGGUGACUCGCCCGAUGGCUUGCACACGGGGCCCCUGGCCGUCAAUUACGCCAUUCAAAUCUUGACCAACAUGUACUGCAACGACCACAUGAAUUACAACGAUGGCACCUGCUGCAGCAGCCCGGAGCCAAUCACCUGGCUGCAGACCAUCACCUUUACAUCCUUUGCAAUCGUCCUGCUACUGAGCCUAGCCCUGGAGGUACGUCAGCAUAUGUGGCCCACCAGUGACUACUCGCCACUGCAGAGUGUGCUGCAGCAGCUGUCGCGUCUAGGCCUCAUCAUGGCCUACUUCUUUGUGUGUGACCGGACCAACUUCUUCAUGCGGGAGAACAAGUACUACACGCACCUUAACUUCUUCCUGCCUGUGGCGUAUGUGUUCGCCCUCGGCCUGUUCUUCACUGAAGAGACACAGCAGACGCAGGUGCUGCACCGGGACCAGACAGACGAGUGGAAGGGUUGGAUGCAGCUGGUGCUGCUGGUGUACCACAUGACGGGUGCCAGCCAGGUGCUGCCCGUGUAUGUGCAUGUGCGGGCUCUUGUGUCGGCCUACCUCUUCCUGGUGGGCUACGGCCACUUCUCGUACUUCUGGCACCAGGCAGACUUUGGGCUGCUAAGGCUGGCACGGGUGCUCUUCCGUACCAACCUGCUGGUGGUGCUGCUGUGCCUGGGCAUGAACCGGCCCUACCAGUUCUACUACUUUGUACCCCUCGUCUCCUUCUGGUUCCUGGUAGUAGCCGCUACCCUGGGCAGCCUGCCACGCGUGUCGGCUGCCUCGGCCGAGGCCAACCCUCUCCACCACCUCUACGUCGUGCUCAAGUUUGUCGGCCUCUUCUCAGUCCUCACCGUGCUGUACAUGUCUGAGAUUGCUGUUUUCGGCUCAUCAUUGUCACCGUCUAGCACGUGUGCUACGUCUACAUCCCUAUCGAAUUUCCUGCUGGAUCCACCGCCACAAGCAGCUGACAACAGCCUUGAUUAUCUGAGCAUGGAAGACGUCAUCAUCUUCACUCCUGUAUCAAGUGGGACACGGACACUGCCGCCAGCGGCAGCACUGCAGCGCUCAGAUUUAAGCAACUGGCAUCAGCAAGGCGCUUCCAGUGGGCACGGGAGAGCAGCUACCAUGCGGUCGCUGCUAAGCUCUCCUUUCUGCUUUCUUGUGCAGGUGUUCUUUGAGAAGAUAUUUGUCACACGACCCUGGAAGGCCCUGUUUGUCACCACAGACGACUCCAUAAAGGAAUGGUGGUUCCGGUGGAAGAUUGACCGCUAUAGUGUGGCAAGCGGCAUGCUGUUUGGCUUUGCGCACUACCUGCUGCGGCAGUACCGGGUCAUUGGGGACCACCACCAUGGGAACCUGUUCUCCCGGGGCCUCUCCCUCACAGUUGCCUUUGGAGCCUUGCUGGGACUCGGGAUUACCUUCAAGAUACGGCGUGUAGCCAUGCGUAGCCACAGCAAGGGUAGAGGAGGAGAUGCACGCACUGGGGGAAGAGGGCAGUUCUACACCACAUUUGCAUUCGUGUGUCGGUCCAAGCCUGACUGCAAUGAGGUGCAUGCCUACGUCUCCUUUGUUCCGAUCUUGAGCUACAUCAUCCUGCGCAACAUCAGUGGCCUGCUGCGCACUCGUUACAGCACCUUCUUUGCCUGGUUUGGAAAGAUCUCCCUUGAGCUGUUCAUUGCGCAGUACCACAUCUGGCUGGCAGCAGACACCCAUGGAGUGCUGGUCCUGGUGCCUGGCUACCCUGUGCUCAAUGUGAUGGUCACCUCUCUGGUGCUGGUGUGCGUGGCACAUGAGGUGCACGUGCUGACAGCACGCCUCAUGCCGUUGGCCGUGCCCGCUGACUGGAAGUACCUGGUGCGCAAUGUGGUCAUCUUCGGCCUGCUCUUGGUGCCCAUUGGUGUCCACGAUGGCAUGUUUUGAAGGGAAAGUGCUGGCAUUGAGGAGUGGAAUAAAGCCUCACAGAUUGCAAA